UAGGACUUGAGAGAACAGCACCUCUCCAGGGCAGGGGCGCCAGACAAGGAGGAUUCUGCAUUCAGCUUUCCAGAGGUGGUGAAUCCAUCCCUGAGAGCAAAGGUUCGAUUCAAGGACUCCGCAAGAUUCUUAACCCAAAUUCUCAGAGGCCAGUCUUCACCCUGGGAGGAGGGCAUUCAAGACGCCCUCUCCAAGACGCUUUAUCCUCACCCCAUGGCGCUGCCCGGCUCCUCACAAGCCCAGACUUGGAGCGUGGAGCCUCCGGUUCCCACAGCCUCUUUGCCCUCGGGACCUCAGGAGCAGGAGGGUGCCGGGAGCCCUGCAGCGUCCGGAGGGCUCCCGCAGGAGAAGGUGAAGCGGCCCAUGAACGCCUUCAUGGUGUGGAGCUCUAUUCAACGCCGCCAGAUGGCGCAGCAGAACCCCAAGCUGCACAACUCGGAGAUCUCGAAGCGCCUGGGAGCGCAGUGGAAGCUGCUGGGCGACGAAGAGAAGCGUCCGUUCGUGGAGGAGGCCAAGCGUCUCCGAGCCCGCCACCUACGCGACUACCCCGACUACAAGUACCGGCCUCGGCGCAAGAGCAAGAACUCGGGCACCGGGUCUGUCCACUUCAGCCAGGGAGGAGGUGGCCUGGCCUCUGGUGGCCCGCACUGGGGGCCAGGGUACACAACUACCCAAGGGAGCAGAGGCUUUGGGUACCAGCCCCCCAACUACUCGACGGCCUACCUGCCUGGCAGUUACGCCUCUUCCCACUGUAGACCGGAGGCCCCCUCGCCGUGCUCCCUCCCUCAGAGUGAUCCUAGGCUCCAAGGGGAGCUAAUGCCCUCUUUUCCCACCUACCUAUCCCCAGGCUCUUCCACCCCCUACAGCACUUCCCUUGCUGGUGCCCCGUGUCUGUAACCCACCUUUAACUGGCAGAGACAUUUCAGUUCAGAGGCCUACAAGUCUCUCAAGGAACCAGAAUGCACAAAAGCACAAUAACACAAUUUUGUACAAUCAAAGCACGUCUCUGAGUCUUUAUUGUCCCGUCUGUACGCUCAACACUACAGCAACCUCUGCCUCUCCACACCCUUCCGUCUGGACCUGCCACAGCAGGAACCUCCCCACCCCACCCUGAGGCCCUUAUCUGAGUCAUU